AUGCUUUUUAACAUCCGAGUUAUCGAGGCUGAAGACAUUCCAAUCUCAGACCCGGAUAGCGAUAGUAAUACAUACGCUGUAGUAACAUUUGGAAGGGUUCAGAAUUCUCAAAAAACUAAUUCUUCAAGAAAUUCUAGGCGUCCAUCCUGGAAUAAAGAUUUACAGUUCGUAAUGCCUCAAUAUGAAGAUAUUAUGGUCCAAGUAGUUCUAUAUAAUGCGGAUAAUUUUACAAAAGAUAAACCUAUUUCUAACCUUGUCCUAAUUAUUACAGAUUAUGAGUUCGGAGAGAUUAUCGAUAAAUGGUUUGGCAUGAAGCCAUUCAGCGGUUUAGACAAAGGAGGAAGAAUUCACUUAAUGUUCCAGAUGUGUCCAAAAGAUCAUCCUCCCUUUUCAAUUUAUUCAGGUCCUAAGCCUCAAAAUGCCAAGAAGUCCGCCUUACCACCACUAAAUAAAGGUGGAAUCUUCUCAAAAGCAAAGAAAAUUAUCUCUGACUCUUCAAACUCCAAUGAAACAAACGUUCCUAAUGAUAACAGACCAGUUAAUAAUGUCCAGCACAUUAGUUCACCUCAUAACCCAACAAUACCCGUACAAAAUAAUAAUAACAACAAUAAUUUUGCCCAACAGACCCAAUACAUGCAGCAAAUGGGACCAAGCUCACUACCAUAUCCAUCUCAGGCUCCGGGUUAUCCAAAUCCACCACAAUAUCCACAAAUACCAAAUCCCCAAUAUAUGCAGCCGCAACCGGUACAACAGUUCAAUCCUCCUUACCAGCAACCAUAUCCUCCCCAGUAUCCACCACAAUAUCCCAAUGUUCCGUCAAAUAUAAAUUCAUUACCUCCUCCAAAGAUGAAUUUUGGGAAUCAGCUACCACAGCUAUCACCUCCUAUGUAUCCUCAGCCAAUGCAACCUUACGCUCCCCCACAAUAUAACUCACAACCACACAGACCUCCUCCACAACAGCCAAAUUACUACAAUCCGAUGGCAGGAGCAAUUCCAAGAGUCAACCCUCAAUUCCAGAGUUUCCCACAACCACAAUAUCCUCCUUACAACGCUCCUUAUCCACCACAGUAUCCAAAUCAGAUAAAUAGUCAGCCACCACCUCAAAUGGUUCAUCUCCCACCUAUGAAACCACAAAAGCCAAAUCCAAACUUAUACAUGAACCCUAUGGUUGGAGCAGUUCCAAGAGGAUAUUAG